UUCCCCCAUCGGAGCCCUUCACCUCUGCACGGUGAGGGUCGUCGGGAUGUUUUCCCGCCGUCAGACAUGCGUCCUCGGUCCAGACUCCUGGCCAAGAAGCGUCUGCCCACCAUCAGGGAGGGGUACGAGGAGCUACUUCAGGACAUGAACCAGGCCAACAGCUACCACGCCCCUUGCCACGCCCAUCACGACGUCCUCUCCUCAGAGGACUACUUGAAGUCCAUCUGCCAGCUGGCGCGGCCCACCUUCCCCCUCCAGGAGCCGGAUAACGACAUCCUGACCCUGGGUCAGCUGGAGGCACUCAAACCCGGCCUGAGGCUUCCGCGUAUCUCCGCCCCACCCCGCCCGCUAACCCCCACCGCCCGCAGCUACGGCCGCAGGGAGGAGCAGCAGAGGAGAGACAAAGCCGGCUGUAGCGUCCUCUCCCACAUCGUCGCUCUCCCGGAUGGAGUCACCCCACACCUGGGCAAGGACGGGUGCCACGGAGCCCCCGACCCCCUCGAGUACCUUUACGGUCACCGGAGCGGCCCCGCCUCUUCCGCCCGUCUCAGCCAGGACGCCAAGGGGAGGCUAGGCCAAGGCGAGGUCCCUGUGGAAGGCGGGGCCAGGCCAGGCUCACGCCCCCUCCCCCGAGCUCACAGCUUCCCCCGCCUCUGCUCCCCACGCCACACCUGCCGCAAAAGCAGCUGCCCGGAGAUCAAUCUGGAAGAUUCUCCCAGCCCCUCCUCCACCCCCUCUGCCAGCCAGCCCUUCCCACCGAAAGAGAGGAAGCCCAGUUCCAGCAGACUGCCCUCCCAGAAGCCGCAGGACAGGGCUGGCAGCGCCCCUUGUGGACAGAAGGAGAAAUGCGUCGGCUCCACGGACAAGCACUCCAUGAUCUCCAACUGGAUAGCAGACUGUCGCAGCGCAUGGAGGGAGACCAGGAUCCGAGCCUGCAUGCUGCCCACUAUUGCUGAGAUAUAGACUGUCUCACACACACACACACACACACACACAUGCACAUUCACACACAUGCACACACACAAGCAGACAGGUGUAAAAGAACAUUCCAUAAGGAUCAUAAUGCAGAUUUGUACCAAGUAAACAUAUAUUCUCUGAAUCUACAGCUGUGCUCUGUCCUACACAGUCAACACAAUAAUAACAGUGUAGAGCUAGCUUCAGUGCUUGAAAUUAUAGUUGGAUAGAGAAUAAAAAAAGAGAGAAUGUUUAUUUCGUGCUCAGAUGACGUAGGCUGAGAUUAAUUUUUUUCUAAAUGCCCGACUGUGGAAAACACAUAUUUUAGACACUUUCUAAAAUAGAAGUAAUUCCAUUAGCGUUAAACAGGCUUCAAGGUGUAAUGCUUGUGAAACAUUAGUUUAAGCUGGCAUGGCAUUUGUGACCCAUGGCAACAGCAUUUCUGGCACAAACUCAUUCUGUGGCCAAAAAAACCUGUUGACAUUGAGUGUUGUCUGUGUCAGUUUUGUGUGCCGAUGUCCUGUUUUCUAGGACAUGUUUAUUCCAGUACUGUUAAUCUCAUAGGGGCCAUCAGAGUACGGGAGACCUGUGAGUUGUAGGCAGCUAUAGGGACUAAGGGAAUUGUACAUUGCGCUUCACCUUUUUUAAAAACGUUUUUACGGUGACUCCAUGCGUUUCAGAAGCUGGGUCGUACGGGAGUUUUACUAUUCAUUUGUUUUUUUGUUUUUUUUUAAUGAGGACAAGGACUAUGGCAAGCUUAAUUUCUGCAACAGCAUUCGGUCAGGGUAGAGAAUGGAGAGAGAAGCUUCCUGUCCUUGGCACAGAGCUGAGAGACCAAUGUCGUGCUCGCACGGCCCCAAGCUCCGGACCACUCCGCUGCCGACUAGCGAACGGAAUGGAGCACGCGACCGCACAAAACAAUACGCACAGUGUUCCCGCCGGGCACCGCACAUCGAGAGCACCUGACGCAGUGCCGACCAAUCACGGUUUCUAAACUUGGGUUCUCGCCACACACAGACUGUGGCGCGCAUUCAGCGCGCUUACGUUAACCGUGGGACAGUCAUACGGGGGAAUUUUAGACAUCCUCGUGAACAAAAGCUGAGGACAGCACGCCCCAACAGUCCUGUGCCCAGCAAGAGCCCAAAGGCUGAACCAGAGGAGAAAAUGCUUAGAGGAAGUGUUAGAACUUACCAUCAAUACCUACAAUCUGAUUUAUUGUCUCGUCUACACUCCAAAGUGCAUGUAUGUAAGAUAUGCAUUGUUCUCAGUGUGACUUAAAGCAAACUGAGAAUUGUACUUAACACAUCGGUGAUGCAUUUUAAAGAUGUGUGUGUAUAAUUCAGAGGAUGCACCAAUAUCAUUUAUCCUGUAUGGAGACUUCCUGUUUUUGCGAUUGAAGAUGCAUUGCAGAGACUGACUGAUAAUCGUAUUGAUCAGUUGGAUUCUCCUGGACUGCAGAAAAGUGUUAUGCUUUCAAUCUUGUGUGUAUUUCCAUGAUGUUCUAAGUUUCCUUCAACAAUGACCCUUACAGACAGGGUAUAUGUUGUACAUAAUGUACAUAAAGACACAUGUAAAGACGUACUCUGUAUGAGUAAGAAAAUUGUGACAGCAUCAGCAUUUUAUGGUGAUCUGAUAUU